AUGGCCGCAAUUGCAGUAGACCAAACCCCCAAAACCACUGUUAGGGGCACUGAACAAGGAUCUCAAGUUCACAACGCGUCGCCUUCGCUGCCUUUUGAGGCUUUUGAUGUUCCGAGUCAGCAGGACACCGCCGACUUUGGGCUGCCGUGGUCGGCAAGCUUUCCUCUCGGACUUAAAGCAAGCAAGACCCUCAAUCUCUCCGAAAGCAUUCAUGCGAUCAAAAAUUUCGCCCAUUCUGGGAAUCUGAGCAGUCUGAUCAAACAACAUGGGGGAGCGAUUCUUAUUCGUGGCCUCCCGAUAGGAACACCUCAUGACUAUAGCAAGGUCGCGCACGCAUUUGGCUUUCGUCCUCAUGUAGAGGUUGGACGUCCGCCACUGCGGACCAUUCUGGCUCCUAAUGUCAAGACAGCAAACGAGGGUCCACCAGAACUGCCAAUUUGGCCCCAUAGCGAAUAUGGUUGGUCCACAAUCAACCCAUCGUGGCUGACUUUCAGUGCACUCCAAAUUCCAGAAUCCGGCGGCGCCACACCCAUCACCUCAGCUAUCUACAUUGCUCAUAAGUUGUCACGUCUCAAGCCUCAGUUCCUCUCGAACCUUCUGAACAAGGGUGUAAAAUACGUCUAUCGCUACACAACCAAGCCACUCGUCUCCAACACCGGGACGAGCGUUCGUGGCGCUUACGGUCAGGAGGUCAGAGACGAAGAUGACGAAGCCGCGGCCCGACGCAAGAUAGAGGCUGAAGUUCGACGCCACAGCAACCGAUUCGAGUGGCACGACGACGGUAGCUUGAGCGUGACGCAUAUUGUCGCUGCCGUUCGCAUCCAUGAUCCUACAGGGGCAACUGUAUUCUUCGGCAAUGUCACCUCCGCCUGGGGCCGUAGUCGCCAUCAUGGUGCGACAAGACCUCCCUUCCGCGGCGAUGACGGGUCGUAUCAUCCUCCUCCGACAUAUGGCGACGAUACGCCCAUCGAUGUUGAGGACUUGGACCUGCUGCUGAAACUCGCGGAAGAGGGUGCCGUAGAUGUCGAGUGGCAGAAGGGAGAUCUGGUGCUUCUUGAUAACUACGCCGUGAUGCACUCCCGCAAGCCGUGGAAGGGGCAGCGCCAGGUCCUCGCUGCUCUGUGGGACGAUGACGGAAGGAUCAGGGAUUUUCCAGAAGGCUUGGAACUGCUGAAAGGUAGUCCUAGGGUCCCUCGGACGGAGUUCGAUGAGAAUGAAGGACGUGGAUAA